GCAAAUACAUAAGUGGGACCGGAGAAAAUAAAAGAAUUUCGCGGUCGAUUGUUCCUAUUUUAAGUUUUAAUCUAUCUGAAAAAAAACAAUCUCGUCACACCUCCGUACAAUCGCCAUGGAUGUGUCUACCGUAGAUGGUUUUAAUUCGUGGCUCAACGGGAAGCUGCGAGAUUUCAACACCGAUGAGGGUGUGUUUGGUUCUUACAUUAUGAGCAUUCUCGAGGGUGACGAAACCAACGAUGAAAAAACCGAAGCUCUGGAGGGGAUCCUGGCGGAAAUUCUAGAAACCGAUUUGAACACAUUCAUAAAAGAAAUUCUCGACAAAUGGAAACAAUGCCAGCAGGUGGAGGAUGCUGGGGCAGCUUCAAAGAUGAAACUGGAUGUCGAUGAGCAGUUGGCCAAGUUGCUGGAAAGUCAGAAGCUUGCCAAGAAGGAGGAACGUGAAUACACGGAAGAAGAGCGACGAAUCAAGCAGCAAAUUUUAUCGCAAUAUAGUCAGCUCUCGGAAAGCGAACCGGAUGGCGAGGACGACGAUGACGGAGCCGGCGGAGGAGGGGCGCCUUCUUCGUCGUCAAACGGAGGUCUCGCGCGUAACACUAACGCCGCCGACGUAGCCGCCUUGGUACGGGAAAAGCGCGAACAGGCCAAACUGGAAAGCCAGCAAAAGAAGGAAAAGGACAAACAGGACCGCGAAAAGCAGAAACAGCUGCGCGAGGAAAAGAAAGAAAAGCGCAAGACCGUCAAGGGCGAAAGACGACGGUAGCGCCCUUGAAUGUGGGGAUUCGUCGAGUUCAAGAUUUGUACAGGAAAUAGGUAUGGCCGAUGGUAGCGACGGCAGAUUGACGUGGAAAUGUGGAGCAUGCGUAACACUUCCGAAAUCGAUUUCGUUCAGUUAUAAUAGCUUUCCGAUAAAGAUCUGAAGCAGAUACGCAAUAAAAAAACUAAUUGUCGGAAAAAAAUACAA